CUUCUUCACGGCGCUUUUUUCUUUUCUUUUCUUUUCUUUUCCUGCAACGACCCUGCUUGCUCGUCAUCCUACAAGUUGCAGGAGGAGCGUAUGUAGGGCUCCGUCCGGUCUGGUGCAUAUUGGCCGUGGAAUGUCGAUACCAAGGUCGUGCAGGUGCUACGCUGAGGACAAUAAGGUGAUGUCAAAUCAGGUCCAUGAAGUAGCGGCAAUGCCUUUUCCCCUGGAAUUUCCCCUCGAUCCCUCUCCGGCCUUCCAGCGAUUUACUUGCGCCUAUAUAUACCGUUAGUCUGACUCAGUUGUUCCCCGCAAUUUUCGACUUUGUCUGAAUAUAUCUUUCUUGAUCUCUAUAUUCAGCAAUCGGAUUCGGUAGCACGGCUCUCGCUGUUCGUUCUUUAGGCUAUCAGCCUCACACACGUCAGGAUGGGAGCAGAUAUCGAAAAAGACCACGGAUCGGCGUCUUUACACAGCGUGGCCGCGGAGGAUCUGGGAGACCGUGCCCCUGUGGAGGUAGUCCCAAACUCGAAAUAUAAGCGAUGGGCCGAAAAUAUCAAGGGUCUCGAGACCCGCGGCAUCGAGCCGGUGCCACUUGAGGAACGCUCAGAUCCCAGCUCGACGGCGCUGCUGCAUAUAUUCCUCAUGUGGCUUAGUAUGGGGAUGGCGGUAAACAACAUCGUCAUCGGAUCGAUAGGAACGCUUGAAAGGGAUCUAAGCUUCACCGAUGCUGCGCUCUGUGCGGUCUUUGGAAACCUCCUAGGCGGACUGGCGGUGGGCUAUAUGAGCACCUGGGGGCCUAGAAGUGGAAAUCGAACACUUAUCGUGGCCCGAUACUUUAUGGGAUAUUACCCCGCUAAGGUCUGUUGUUUGCUGAAUGUGCUGACCAAUCUGGGCUAUGGGAUGAUGAGUUCAAUGGUGGGAGGCCAAAUCCUCUCCAAACUAUCAGAUGGAAAGGUUUCGGUUGUUGUUGGGAUAGUGAUCGUUGCCGUGGCGAGCUGGCUCUUGGCCACAUUUGGCAUGCGUAUUUUCCAGCUCUAUGAACGAUACGCGUGGAUCGCGCAAUUAAUCACUCUCUGCAUUAUCCUCGGCUCAGCCGGACCCCGGUUCGACUUUGCUACCUCAUCAACUGGGACACCGCAGAAGAUCAACGGGAAUCGCCUAGCUUUUGUAUCCCUGUGUUUGUCAUCCAGUCUUUCAUGGUUGCCAGUGGCUGCGGACUAUUUUGUAAACUACCCGCCGACCCUCGGGAGAUGGACAACAUGGAUGGUCACUACCGUUGGGGCAUUCCUAGCCAUGACUUUCACUCACCUACUGGGUAUCGGCCUCGGGUCUGGCGUGGCACACACUCAGAAGUGGUCUACCAUCUAUGACGGCACAGCAGGGAGUUUGUUAAUGUUUGGCUAUGACCGACUCGGUGCCUUUGGCAAAUUCUGCGCUUUUAUCAACACUCUGAGCGUGGUAUCCAACAACGCUCCCGGCUCCUACUCCAUGUCGAUGAAUUUUCAGAUGCUGGGCGACGUGUGGUUGAAGGUUCCCCGCCCUGUGUUCACGAGUCUCAGCACGGUAAUCUAUACCGCGUGUGCCAUCGGUGGUCGAGAUUCGCUCUAUGAGGUUUUCAGUAACUUCCUGCCGCUAAUCUGCUACUGGACCAUUAUCUGGUUCACGAUCGUUCUGGAACAGGACCUGUUGUUCAACCGCGGCACAGGAUACGAUUGGUCUGCGUGGAAUGACCGAAAGAGGUUGCCGUCGGGCUUCGCGGCCUCUCUAGCCUUUCUCAUCGGCUGGGCGGGGGCGAUCGUUGGAAUGGAUCAAGUGUACUAUACCGGUCCAAUUGCAAGCGCGGUUACCGGGGGAUGUGAUUUAGGAAUCUGGCUUGGGAUUGGCUUCACGGGUAUUGCGUUUCCGCCGCUCAGACUGCUAGAAAUGAAAAUUAUCGGUCGCUGAGCCGUAUCUGAGAUAGGGCCUAAGAUAGGGGCUAAGAAACGCCAUGGCUUGCAUUGGCUUGCAUUGAGUAACUCGCAUCAUGCCAUCGGCGUUUUAGCUCGCUCGCUAAUUUGGAAGCCUCCACCGUCG